AUGAAUCUGUUUAUUAAGUAUGCAAGACCUUUGAUAGAAGAUGGAAGAUCAUGUAUUAAAUUGGAUUCCAAUUUAAAAAAUACUAUAAUUAUUGAGGGCAAUCAGUAAUUAUAGUAAGAUUAGAAAUAUUUUUAUUUUGAUUACGUAGCAUAACAAGACUCAAGCUAAGAAGACAUAUUUAAUAUUGUAGGAAAAUAAUAAGCAAUUAAUUGUCUAGAUGGUUAUAAUGGAUGUGUGUUUGUCUAUGGGUAAACUGGAAGUGGAAAGACAUAUACUAUGAUGGGUACAUAGAAGUAACCUGGCGUAUUGCCAAGAGUUAUCGAUUUUCUAUUUAAUUGCAUUUUGGAGGAUUCGUCAGAAAAUGUAGAAUAUUUAGUGAAAUGCAGUUAUUUGGAAAUCUAUAAUGAACAUAUAAUAGAUCUUUUGAAUCCUCAGUUGGGAAACUUACAACUAAGAGAAGAUCUAAAAAAAGGGGUUUAUGUGGAAUAGUUAAGUGAAGAAGUUUGUACAAAUGUGGCUGAAUCAUUAGAAGUACUAUAGAAAGGGAGUCUUAAUAGACAUAUAUCAUCAACUCAAAUGAAUAUAGAAUCAUCAAGAUCACAUAGUGUGUUCACGAUAUAACUUGAAUCAAGAAGAUAGUCAUCUCAGACAUAGGUUAUAAAUCAUAGAUUCUCUAGAUUUCACUUUGUAGAUCUUGCAGGUAGUGAAAGAUAGAAACAAUCUUAAGUUCAAGGUGAAAGAUUGAGAGAAGGUUGCAAUAUAAAUAAGAGUUUACACAUUUUAGGUAAUGUAAUCAAUUCUCUGGUUGAGGACAAUCAAUCAUAUGUGCAUUAUAGAGAUUCUAAAUUAACAUUUUUACUCAAAGAUUCUUUGGGAGGUAAUUCAAGAACUCAUCUUAUUGCUAAUAUUUAAUAAUCCUAACAAUUCUAUCAAGAAACCUUAUCAACUCUUAUGUUUUCUAAGAGAGUCAAAUAAGUGAAAAAUAAAGCUAGGAUCAAUGAAGAUGAAAGUGGUAAUUUAGAGAGCUUGAAGAACGAAAUCAAAAGACUCAAAUAAGAACUUGCAAAAAGUGUUACUACAUAAUAAUAAAAAUGGGAAUCACCAAAAAAGUUUGAAUAAAAACAGUAACAAUCGUUUAUUAAUGAAUAAUUCUUGCAAUCAUUAGAAUUGGAAAGUUUAAUGAUAAAUGAUUAAAAUUAUAUCAAACUUGAAGAAAUCUUAAAAUGUUAUUUGGAGUAAUCAACUGAAAGUGAAACUGCUUUAUUUUUAGAAAUUGAAAAAUAUUUGAAUGGAAUCAAAUAAUUAAAGGAAGGCUUUUAAUUAGGAUAAUAACUAGAGUAACAGUUAAAAUUUGUUAUUAAAUUGUAAAAUGAAUAAAUAUAAAAAUUAAAGUUAAAUUAAUCAGCAGAUGACAUACAAUAAUAAAUUUAGUAAUAAUUAGCAUAUGCUUUGCAAUGUCAAGGUUUAGUUAUGAAAACAUUUUAUGAAAAUUUAACCUUAAAAGAGUAAUAAGGAGCUAUAUAGACAGUGUCAAAAGUCUAAGUACAAGUUGAUACCAAUCUAAAUUUAUUAAAAGAUAUAGUUGAAACUGUUUAAAAUUCUCUAAAUGAAAGAAGAUAGUUUCAAUAAUAAUUAGAUUUAUAAUUUAAUUCAUAAUAUGUUACAUUAGAUAAAUUUAAAGAAUUAGAAACCUUAUCAGAAUAUAAGGAGAAGCUCUUAUCAGAAUAAACACAAAAAUUAGUCUUCAUGGAGGAUUAAAUAAAAGAGAUUGAAAAACAAAUAUUGCAGAAGUUAGAAGAAAAUGGCAUUACAUUUAAUGAAAAUGAUAAAGUUGUUGAUGUUAGAGAUUAACAGAUUUAGGAUUUGAAAACCAAAAUUACUGAUCUUAAUUAAGAACUCCAAAAUUCAAACUAAGAAUUAAAAGAAUUAUCUAUAAACUCAGAACAGGUAAUUUAAUAACUAAGGUUUGAAAAUCAAUAAAUUGUUAAUUAAAAAUAAGAAAUAGAAAGUAAUUAUGAGCUAACUUAAACUCAAAUAUCCGAGUUCUAAGAUAAUUCUAAAUAAUAAAUUAUUAAUCUCGAGUAACAACUAAGCUAAUUACAAGAUUAAAAUUCAUAGUAUUCAAAUCAGUAUCAAUAGUUAAAUCAAUAAAAUGAAGAUUUAAAAUAUAAAAUUGAAAAUGAGGAACAUUAAAAUAAAUAACUUACUUAAGAAUUAAUAUAAAACCAAGAAAAAUUAAAAUUACUAGAUUAAAUAAUAGUUGAUAACGAUAUUGCAAUUUAAGAAUUUAAAUAAUAACUAACUUCUUAUGAAAGCAUUAUCAUUUAAUUAAAAAAAAAUAUAAAUGAUUAGAAUGCAAAUCUUCAAUUAAAUUAAUAAUCUAUUUCUUAAUUAGAGUUAGAAAAUGCAAAUCUAAAAUAAGAAUGUUCCAAAUAAUAAAAUGAACUUACCCUUAUGUAAGAAUAAGUAUCAUUAUCAAUGUCUAAAUUAGAAAAUUCAGAAUAAGAAUUAUUCUCCUAAUUAUAGUUAUCUUAAAGAGAUAAUUAAAAUUUAUAAAAUGAGAAUUCUCUCCUGUCAAAAGCAAAUUAAGAAAUGCAGUCAGAAAUGGAUGUUUUGAUUCUAGAAUUAAACUCAAAAACUGAAGAUCUUUAAAAUACGCAAAUUUAACUUUAAUAAAAAUAACAAAAGUAUGAAUAGGAAAUAAUAAUAUAUCAAUAAAAAUCUUAAAUUGAACGUUCAACCUUGGAAAAAGAUUAUUAAGAAUAAAUUAAAUAGUAAAAGAAAGAUUUUGAGUUGCUAUUAUUUUAGUUUAAUACAAAACAAAGUUGUGAUUUAAAUAAGUUGAAUCAAGAAAUACUCUCAUUAAAUUACAUAAUUAAGGAAAAAGAAACUAAUAAUACAGAAUCUCAAUCCUAAUAAGAAUUCCAAAUUAAUUUGUUAAAUUAAAAAAUACAGAAAGAGACAUAAAGAGCUCUACAAUUAGAGAGCUUACUUGAAGGAUAGAAAAAUGAGUUUCAAGAAAUUCAAAAAGAGUAAAUGUCCAGCAUAGACUUAUUGUAAAAGUAAUUAGAAAGUAAGCAGGCUGUAAUUCAAGAAACAUCGGAUCAUUAUAACCAAGUUCAUGAACUCUACCUCUCUUUGUAAGCUAGGAUGGAACAAAAGGACUUAGUUAAUUCAGAAUUGAAAAGAGAUAUACUAUAAAAUAAAUCCAAAUUAGAGAGUUAGACAAAAGAAAUACAACAAUUACAAUAAAAAGUAAUCUCAAUAGAGAAUGAGAAUUUACAAAGCAGAAAUACAAUGGAAAUUUAAUAAUAAGGUAAAUUGUAAGAUAUGACAUAAAAAUUAUCAAUAAAAAUGAGAACAAUAGAAUAAUUGACUGCUGAAAAGAUUAAUCUGAAUGAUAAAAUUAAGGAGAUUGAAUGUGAAUCCAAUAAAAAUAAAUAAACCAUAUGCCUAUUAGAACAAUAAUAACAUGAAUCUUAAAAUUAAAAUAACUUAUUAUAAGCUCAAAUUUAAAGUUUAAAUAAUGAGCUAAAUCAGAAGGAAUAAGAAAUUGGGUUUUUAUAAUAAGAAUUAAGUAAAUAAAAUUAGGUUCUUGAUAAGAGCUCUGAAAUUUAUAAAAAAGAAACAGAUUAGAUGGAAAUAGAUAACAAUAUUUUAAAAAAAUAACUAAGUGAUAAAUAAAAAGAUAUUCACAAACUAGAAUAAAAAUUGAAUGCAACUUUAAAUGAUUUACAAUUAAAAGAAUAAUAAAUAGAUCAAUUAAAAUUGUAAUUAAAUCAUCUCAAUACAAAUUUAUAACAAUAGUUAGAAUUAACGACUAAAGAUAACUUAUUAUUGAAAAAGGAAAUAUAAUAAUUGAAUCAGCAUAUUGAAUCAUAACAUGAGGAAAUAGAUUAGAUGAGAAUAGAAUUGGAUUAAAAAUAAACUCAAGUUGAUGAAAAUAAAUCAGCUGUUAAGAAAUUGACUAAAUAACUUGAAUUAGAAAUUAAAUAAUAUUCUCUACAUCUAAAAAGAAAUGAGGAUUAACAUAAAAAAGAAGUUUAAGAGUUGGUAGAUCAAUUAGACAUUCAUCAAAAGCAAUUAUAAUAAAAGGAUUUGAUUGUUGAAUCAUUAAAUAAAUAAGUAAAUGGAUUAUAGUGUGCAUUUGAAACGAAAGAAGAUUUAAAUCAUUAGACUCAAAAGGAUAUCUAAUAAUUAAAGGAUAAAUUAAAAUCUGACUAAAAUAAAUUCACGAAAAUAAUUUAAAGUCUUGAAAAUGCCAACAAUCAAUUGAAAAGUUAAUUAGAGGAAAGUAGUCAUUAAAUUUAAGAAAAUGCUCAUAAAUAUUAAUCAGUAUAGAAGUAAAAUGAUUUAUAGAGCAUUUAAUUUAAUGAAUAAUAAGAAAAAUACACUCUCUUAAAAGAAUAAUUUACUAGAUUAGAAUCUUAAAUGAAAUAAGAAUCAUAGAUAAGAGAAUAAUAUAGUCAUAUUGCUGAUAAAGUAACAAAAGAAAAUAAUGAAUUAAAAUAGAAGAUUGAUAAAAAAUAAUAAAUCAUAGUACAAUUAGAGUCAGCACUCUUGUAAAAUGAAGAGACAUUAAAAAAUGUUCAUGAUCGAGCUAAGGAAUUUUGUAAAUAAUAAGAAAAAGAAAUUAAUGAUAUUAAGGAUCAAUACUUAAAGCUCGAGGCUGAACACAAUGCAAUAUUAUCUUAAAAUCAAGAAAGAGAGGAUGAAAAUGAAUAAAUGAAAGAUUAAAAAGAUCAAGCAUUAAGAUAAAUGCAUACUUUAGAGGAUGAGAUUGGAAAAUUAAAGAAAGAAUUAUAAGAAUAACAUGAAAAGUUAACCAAAUCAAAUAAUGAGAGAUCUAUGUUGUACAAAUAAAUAGAGGAAAUGUAAAAGGAUAUUGCUUAGCUUGGAGGUCAUAAUAAUCCCUCUUAAAAAAUAAGAUAUUUAAAUACAAUUAAAUAAGAAAAUUCUUGUUUGAAAUAAGAAAAACUAUACUUAUCCGAAUAAUUGCAAAAGGAAAUAGAAGAAAAAAAUAAAUUAUUAUAGUAAUAAUAAUAGAAUCGAAAAAACACUGACUCAGAUAAUUAGUCAUCUAAAUUAGAUAUGUAAAAAUUGAUGGUUGAAAAUUAGAGACUUAAUAAUGAGAUGACUAAACUUAAUUAAAUUUUAAAUUUAAGCGGAGUUAAAAACAGAUUUUCUACAAUAAAAGGUAGUGACGGAGACAAGAUCAUCUAAUCUGUAUAAUUACUUAUUUAAGAAUUAAUUGAUUGCAAAUAAGAAAUUUAACAGAGGAAUAAAGAUUAGGAAGGGAAAAAUCUUAAAUAUCAAACCAUGGAAAAAGAUCUACUAGUUAUGAAAUAAAAGUUCUAUGCUAUCUAAAAGGAUAAUCCUUAAAGCUAAACUAAAGCAUAGAGUCCUGCUGUAUAACAUGAUGUGUUAAGAGACAAUAAUCGAAUGAAUAUGAAUUCAGGUAGUGUGUAAAGAUAAUCAAAACCAAAAACUUAAUAGACUUUCCAAUUUUAGUGA